AUGAGUUUUAUACAACAAUUUGUUUCCUAAUAAGUUCCAGAAUGGAAAAGUGCAUACUUAAAUUAUUAACUCUUAAAAGAAGUCCUUGACCCUUUUAAAAGAGUCACUAAUUCUCUCCCCAUUCUCAAUCUUACCAUUAAACUUAUCAAAGAUUAAAAUUUAGAUGCAAAUAUACCAUAAGAAAUUUAAACUAAAUUGUAAAUUUUAGAAGAAGAAUUUAUUCAACUAUUCUAAGAUGAAACUUAAAAAUGCAAUAAUUUUUUUCUUAUACAAGUUAAAAUAUUAAAACAUUAAUAUGAGAAAAUGAUAGAUUUUGAAGAUGAUUUUGAAAGAAUUAAAGCUUUUGAAACACUCUACAAAAAAGGAUAACUACUUAAAUAAUUCAAAAAUUCAAACAUUGAAGCAACUCAUCGAAUUUUACAAUCAUAUCAUCGUUAUACAAGCUUUAUUGAUAAUUCAGAAAAUCAUAUGGAUAAUUUUUUUAAGAAUUUAGAAUUUGUAAAUGAUACUUCUUUGAAUAAAAUUAUCAAAAAUAUCAAAGCAAAUUAUAUUAGAAAUGGAUGGAAUGGUCAAGAAUUAGAAAAGUUAAAACAAUAAUAUGCAAUUUAACAUAAACUUUAAUAUAUUGGAUUUUUAGGAGGAAUUAUCAUUUAUCUAAUGUUAUCUUUUAUUUAUUAAAGAAUAGACCUCAAUUUUUUAAAUAUUUCAGAAGAUUAUACAACAUAUCUUCUAUUUAUAACAAUGGCAAUUCCAUUAUUUUAUUUAUGGUUUUUUUCUACUUUAUUAUAAAUCUUAAAAAAAAAGUAUAUUAACUAUUGGGUAAUUUUUAAGAUAGAUUAUAUAAGAGAUUCUAUCUCUAAGUUAUAUUAUUUAGCUGCAAUCAUAACAAUUAUAUUCUUAUCAAUAGUUAAUUAUGGUUUAAUUUCUGAAUUUUAAUUUUAUGCGUUGACCAAUAAAUUAAUUUAUUAUCAAAUGUUUAGCUUUAUUGAAUUUGAUCCAGUAUAUGCUUUAUUUAUCUUCUGGAUUUUUUUAGUGCUUUUCAUGAUAAAUCCAUUAAAAGUCUUUGGUUAUGAAGCUAGAAAAUAUUUUUGGAUUUUAUAAAUAAAAACAUUGAGUGGUCUCUAUUUGAGCAAAGAAAUCCUUUGGAAUAUUGAAUAAAUGGUAUCAAUUUAUUAAUAAUUCUCUAGAUAAGUUGUAGUCAGUUCUUUAGAUUGUUUAGCUAUACAAUUUACUAUUAUAUUUGCUAUUUUAAACAUCAAAAUUAAUUUCAAGAAUUUAACUAUUAUACAUAAAGUGUACUUACAAUCCCAUUUAUUUAUGGAUUCUAUUAUUCAAUUAAAGUUUACAUAAAAGAUAAGAACUCUUAUUUAAAUUUAAUAAAAUUUACAACUAUGUUAACAUUAAUAAUAAUUAGUUAAAUCAAUAUCUUUAUCAAGUAUUUACCAAAUUAAUUGUUAUAUUGUUUAAUAAUUAUAUGUGGUUUAUGUGUAUCUUUUAUUGAUGUUAAAUAUGAUUGGGGAUUACUUAAUCAAUAAUCAUAAAAUUGUAAAUAUAAAAUUUAAAGCUAGGUCUUUUACGUUAAAUAUUAGGAUAUCAUAAAAAUUUUUAUUAUUUCUCUAUGUUCUUUAAUGUUAUUGGUAGAAUAUUUUUAUUUAUUUAACUUUGUAAUAUCAUUCAAAAUAAAAAUAUACUACUCAUAUAUUCUAUUGUUGAAUCCAUUCGUUGUAAGAAUUUAUUUAUUUUAAUUUAUAGUAUUUUUAUGGAAUUUGAUAACGAUAGAAAAGGAACAUGUAAUUAAUAUUGGAGAAUUCAAGGCUGUUGCUGAUGUCGUUAUUGAAGGUGAUGAUAGAUUUAUGGUAAAUAUAGAUUAUCAUAAUUAAUAUUAGAAUGAACUAAAAGAGUUUUUUUUAAGGCUACAAAAUCAAAAUAUUUUAAAAGGAUCUUUUAGAAAAAAAGCCUGUUCCUUGAAUUUAAUGAUUAAAAAAUUAGAAUAAAAUAUAGAACAAAAUUAAAUUUGA